AUGCGCAAGACAGCCCACAAGGAUGCUUCCGGCAAUGAGUCCGCUCGCCUCUUGGAAACGAAGAUGAACAACCUCCGUUGGGCCAAUAACGAUCUCAACAAGCAAGUCUUCGCCGCCAUCCAACGCGGUCAUCGCCUCGCGGGCAAGCUCGGCUACCGAGACCUAGAAGAGGCCGAAGCCGCCUUGGCAACCCAGCUCCCCGAGGCGCAGCAGAGCCAGCUCGAAGAGUUAUCUCAGCUUCCUUCGGACGAGCUCGCCGAACAUGUACAGGCGUUGCAGGCCGAACUCCUAAGCCAUGUCCAGCUGAGCAAGGCGACACUUGAAGCCCUCGGAGAUGCCUUGAAGGCGCUCAUGGACCUACGCGCGGAGAACGAGAGGUUGGUUCAGACGCUGGAUGCCGAGAGGAGGGAAAGGAGAGCCAGUCGUAGUGAGGAUGAGGUAAACUUUGGUCCAUCCACCACGUCCACGGAGAACCCCGCGUCGCUCGCGUACGCUCGGGCAGAGCUCGCUGCUCUGCAAGACAAGUACGCUUGUCUUUUACGGGCCAAGGAAGCUGCGGAAAAGAAACAUGCAGAGGACUACAAGCGGUGGAAAGAGUUCAAGCAAUGGCUUUUCGACGAGAAGAUGAAGAUCCUGGAACGCCCCUCCAAGCGCAGGAAGUUCAGUCACGGAGAAGAUGAUGAAGGCGAUGGCAAGACAAAUGCAGGCCCUUCCCGUUCUAAGGUCCGGUCCCCUCGUUCGGCCAAGAUCCUAAAAGGAGUUGGCAACGUAAAGCGGAAGCUAGCCCUUGAUGGGGUCCCUUUAUCGGACAUCGACUCGCUGCCUCCUGCAUCUAUACCUCCUGCCCCCUGGCCAACCGUAUUGACGUCCCGAGACCUGAACACGGUCCCCUCAAACACUGCCAUUAUGCUAGCCUCGCCGGAGAUCAGGACCGUCAUCAUGGUGCCUCCGCUCGAGGCCUCGGAAAGUGUUGAGAGUAUAUGCGACAAUCCCGUGCUCGGGUCGUCGCAAACUGAACCAGAUCUUGAGCCGGUGUCUUUCCUCUAUCCAUCCUUGCAAGAGAUCGCCCGCAGAUCAUUGACCAUCCCUCGCAAACGUUCCCGUCUCGACGCCUUCGAUCAAGAGCCAUCAGACACCGAGCUCGAGUCUCAAGCGCCAAGUUUCCUUCUCCCGUCACAAAUUGUACCCAUCACACCUGCGCAAAUGGCAGAUGCGACACCCAGGCCUGACGCACCGCCAUUACCUGCGGCUCAGCUGAUGACGCCUGAGACGCUCCCUCGCCUUCAAGGCCCUGGGAGGCGUGUCAGCAAGGCUCCCGGUCAGGCCGCCCUUGUCAUCUCCUCGCCGUCGUCAUCGUCCGACCCUCCAAGCACGCCUACAUCGCGUCGUUCGAAGAAAGCGAAAGAGCGUGCUGUAGAGAACGACGAGAACGCGGCCACAUCUCCUGAAUCACAUCCAGGUCCUUCCGGCAGCAAGAACCGUCCUGCGGAUUAUUCGGCGUACAAAGGGCGUGGUCGUUACGCCGCCUUGAACAAGGCGGAUAAGGAGACGAUCAAUGCGAAGUUCGAAAUCGAUCCCGCGCGGAACAACGGCGUCGGGUACCAGUUCGACGAGGUAGUGCGCGACAAGGAGCGUCGCAGGCAGAUGCACGGGCACGACUGCGAGUGUUGCCGCGAUUAUUACGCGGCUCUCAAGCCUCCUCCCCCGCGUCUGCAAGCCCCAAUGUGGCGAUCUCCGUCGUCGUCGCCCGUCAAGCCCGUGGCAGAGGCUAGCACGCACAAGCAGACGGUGUCGCGACAUCGCGCGACAUGGGCGCGCGCGAAGACGCCGCCCGGGUACUGGAACAUCGGCUUCCCGGACACGCAGGAGGUCGCAGCGCUGAACGCCGAGGCAAACCGCAUGCAUGCGGAGAAGCGCGCGGCCGUGGCGGACGAAGCUGAGUAA